ACAGGAAGAGACUCCAUUCGAGGAUUGUUGUUAUUAUUCUGAGGUAACCGACAGUCAGAUAGCUAAUACUCAUUUUAAACUCGUUCGACAGAAUGUCUUCUGACUUCGAAGCCUACGAACAGGACUUUGGAACAGUCACCGCAGAAAUAACUAACAAAAUCGGCAAAAUUCCUAAACUAAGUGGAGAGGAGAAGACACAGCUGGUUCUAAAUGUUGACAAACAGCUUGAAGAAGUCAGAGAGUUGCUGGAGCAGAUGGAUUUGGAGGUGCGAGAGAUCCCCGCCCAGAGCCGAGCCAUGUACAACAGCAGGCUGAAGAGCUACAAGCAGGAAGUGGAGAAGCUGGAGAAAGACUUUAAAAGGUCACGUAUCGCCUACAGUGAUGAGGUGCGCAACGAACUCCUGGGGGAUGAUGCCAUCUCCACUGAGAGCCAGUUGAUAAAGUUACGUGAAGAGAGAGCACAUCUGUUGGACAACACAGAGAAGCUGGAAAGGUCAUCACGGAGACUUGAGGCCGGCUACCAGAUAGCGGUGGAGACUGAACAAGUGGGACAGGAGAUCCUCUCCAACCUGCACACCGAUCGUGAGAAGAUACAGCGAGCCAGAGAGAGGCUGAGAGAAACGGAUGCAAACUUGGGCAAGAGUUCUCGUAUCCUCACCGGCAUGCUGAGAAGGUAAGACACAGGAUCAUCCAGAAUCGUAUCCUGGUCUUCGUCCUCGGCGCCGUCAUCCUCCUCACCGUCAUCCUGGCCAUCUAUUUGAAUCUGCGAAGCCACUGAUCUUUACUUUUCACCCAUAAACACACACACACACACACCCAUGUCCUUAAUCCCAACACAAACACACAUGAUUAAUAGCGACAAAAGCAGUGUUCUGCUGUAAUUAGGACAAAUGGUCCCCAUGAAUCAGUUUCCAAAACCUGACAGGGAGCUUUUUUCCUCUCAUUUCUGGACUUUAUGUCAGGUUCUUUCUUCCCGUCUCUAGGGAUGAGAUGUUUUUCUGAUGGAUUAAACUUUUCAUGAUAUCGUCCGUAGUGUGUAUUUGCACCUGAUCUUGACUCCAGGUGAACACAGCUUGACUAAUCUUAAUCAGAAGUCGUUUUUUUUUUUCUCUCGUAGGGGUGGGGUAAAUGUUUUUAAAACAUGUAGACAUGCAUGAAAGACAGGGGGACAGUCGGGGACCAGUGGACAUACGUACAGUUUGAUAUUGGAGCUUCUUUAACUCGAUGAUUCAGCUGUUUUCCAUGUAGCCCCACAAACAGCAGAGGACAGUGCCUUCAGAUGAGAUGUGCUGCUCCCACACUUGCUUUAAAAAGCUCCGCAAAGCCAAAAAUAGAUACUUGGCUUUGCUAAAAAUAAAAAAAAAAAUUAUAAAGAAAAAGAAGAAAUGAGUCAGGAAAAAGUUUUAUUCCAGCUCAAGAUCAAAGUUUGGUUUGAUUCGUAUGAAGAAAUCUGCAUGUUUACAACUUUUGCGUCCAGAAAGACAUUUUAAGAGAGUUUAAAGGAAGGUAAAUUUGGUUAUUUACUAGAUGUUUAACACAUAAGACCCCACAUCUGUUCAAGAGAUGACAGACACUGACUUGUAUUAUGUUGGAACCCAGAACACACAUCACAACUGUGGACUUUUUAACAGUCGUCGUUCUUCUAACAUUUAAAUAGAUAUAUAUGUAUAGUGUUUUUGCUUUCAAUACCAGUAAUUCUGUUGCUAUUUAUUUAUGAGAACAGAUUCAGACGUCUGUGUAAGAAUUGUGUGUUUUAUUGUUGUUAUUCUGAGUUAAUGGCAUUUUGGCUGAGGCAGGACCAAAUGAAGUGUGCCCGUUUCUAGUUUCCAUUCCUCUCCUUCUAUAAAUAGAUCCAACCUGU